AUGGCGUCUCAUGCAAUGUCUCUUCGAGACCGUCAGGUCGCGUCUAUUCAGAAGAUCCUCAAUCUGAACCACGAGCCGCACGCGACGGACGAUGCCCCUCACGAUAUAUCAGCUCAGGGCCUCAUCUCCACGCCUAUCCUCAAUGAAGAUGGCGAUCCCAUUUGGAAGGUCUUAGUGUUCGACAACAUGGGCCGGGAUGUCAUCAGCAGCGUGCUUCGCGUAAACGACCUUCGAGCUUGGGGUGUCACCAUUCAUCUAUAUCCCAUCCCCGAUGUCCCCGUCGUAUACCUCGUUGAACCGACUCCUGCAAACAUCCAAGCAAUUACGAAUGAUCUCUCCCGUGGACUUUAUUCUCCUGCCUAUGUGAACUUUCUCUCAUCCGUACCUCGACCACUUCUUGAAGACUUCGCAUCUCAGAUAGCUUCCACCGGUACCGCGGAGCAUAUUGCUCAAAUUUAUGACCAGUACUUGAAUUUUAUCGUAGCCGAACCGGACCUCUUCAGCUUGGGACUAGGCAACGACGCAUACUGGAAGAUCAAUAGCGCCAAAACGAGUGAUGAAGAGUUGGAUGCCAUUGUUGACAAGAUUGUCAGUGGGCUGUUCAGCGUCAGUGUCACUAUGGGUGCGAUUCCAAUCAUCCGUUGUCCGAAAGGCGGAGCGGCAGAGCUGAUUGCCACCAAGCUCGACCGUAAACUGCGUGAUCAUAUACUGAAUUCGAAAGACAACCUGUUCUCCAGCAACAAGAAAACGCCCUCAGGAGUCCCUUCUUCACGACCGGUCCUGAUUAUCGUCGACCGUAAUGUGGACUUGGUACCCAUGCUGUCGCAUUCGUGGACAUACCAAUCAUUAGUACAAGACGUGCUUCAAAUGCGGCUCAACCGGAUAACAGUUGAAACUCCGAUUGACGAGACAAACCCUGCCAAGGGCGUGACCAAGAAAGCAUACGAUUUGAACAGCAAUGAUUUCUUCUGGAAUCGUAACGCUGGAGCUCCUUUUCCCCAGGUGGCGGAAGAUAUCGAUGCUGAGUUGACGCGGUAUAAAGAAGACGCAAAUGAAAUCACGAAGAAGACUGGGGCCUCUUCAAUUGAGGACUUGCAGAAUGAUACCAGCGCUUCUGCGCAGCACCUCAAAGCUGCCAUUACCCUGCUUCCCGAACUACGGGAACGCAAAGCUAUUCUGGAUAUGCACAUGAAUAUAGCAACUGCACUGCUCAAGGGGAUCAAAGACCGCCAGCUGGAUAAUUUCUUCGAGCUCGAGGAGAACAUUACGAAACAAUCAAAAGCACAGAUCAUUGAAUUGAUUAAUGACCCUGCGAAAGGCAGCAACCCUACCGAUAAGCUCCGGCUAUUCCUUAUUUGGUUCCUAAGCACAGAAACAGACCUGUCCCGCGCAGACCUGAGCCAGUUUGAGGAGGCUCUCAGGCGCGCAGGAGUUGAGGAUGUCAGCCCACUGACCUACGUGCGCCAGGUUCGAGAGCUCACCCGGAUGACCAUGAUGACGACUGCCGCACCUCAGCAGCAGUCCUCGGAUUUGUUCCGUGGAUUCUCAUCACUUUCUAACCGCCUCACUGACCGCAUCACUUCCGGAGCAUUGGGUGCCAAUUUCGAUUCACUCAUUUCAGGCGUUAAGAAUUUUCUGCCUGCAAACAAAGACCUCACCCUGACCAAGAUCACCGAGUCCAUCAUGGAUCCGUCCUCAGCCUCCAGUUCAGCAAUCGCGAAAACAGAGAACUACCUCUAUUUCGACCCGCGGAGCGCAAACGCGCGUGGGGCCAUACCCCCGGCAUCUGCGUCUCGCAAUCCACAAGCCCCAGGGGCCCUUGGAGGUGUGGAACGAGGGACCGGCGCCACGUUUGGCCAGCGUCGCCAGGUAUUCAACGAAGCAAUCGUCUUCACCGUGGGUGGAGGUAGCAUGGACGAAUACGGCAAUUUGCAGGACUGGGUGCGCCAAACCAGCGGACAGCCGGGCGAUGGUGCAGGGGCCGGCAUUCGCGCUGGAGCAGGGGCUAUGGGUGGAGCUAGACGGAGAGUCGUCUAUGGCAGUACGGAUUUGAUGAAUGCUAAUGAAUUUCUGACGGAGUCGUUGUCCAAACUUGGCCGGGAAAGUUGA